CUGCUCGGUGUCGCUGCGUAAGACUAACAAAUGCCUUCCAGUUUUCGACACCACUAAGAGCCUGACUGACUUCGGCAGAAUGACGGUUGGCGAGAAAAUUGAGCAAUAUUUCACCGGCCGACCCAACUCCUAUGUUCCAGGCCACACUCUGGAGCGGCUUUUGUCGCUCCCCGCUCGGCCGGAUUCCGAGCGCUUCGGACUGAACAUGGCAAUGCACUACGGCCAGGGAGCCGCUGCGGCCAUCAUCAGAGCGCUUAUGAGCGCAAAUGGCAUUCGUGGGCCUUUUGCGGAUUUCAUGUUCAUUUCGAUACGGCUGCUGAUUGACCAGACUUUGGAAAAUGUGACUGGGGUCGGCGCGCUGCCAUGGACAUGGCCGGUGAAUGAGCAGAUCAUCGAUAUCCUUCACAAGGGAGUCUUCGCCGUGGUGACUGGAUACUUCACGGAUAGGUGGCUUCAGGGGCAGGUUACUGUGGGUAAGGCGGGUGCCUGACCGGGCUCAUCAGCUCGACAAGCAAUUUAA